AUGUCAGCUAAAUCAUGUCAAAAAUUAUUAGGCAAAUAGUGAGUGGUGAGAGGGCCGCUUUGGCAUAUGCGAUAACGCUUGUUGAGUCUCAAAGUAAAGUAAAACGUGCAUUGGCGACUGAAUUGGUUGAAGAAGCUACUAGAAUAAAAAAGGACAGUGACUGCCUACGUGUUGCAAUGACAGGAGCUCCUGGUGCUGGAAAAUCGUGUUUGCUAGAAAAAUUAGGAAUGGAACUUUUAGACAGAGACAAGAAGGUAGCUGUUCUUGCUAUUGAUCCCUCCUCGCCAACGACUAAGGGAUCUUUAUUAGGUGACAAAACGAGAAUGACGGAGCUAUCCAGGCAGUUGAAUGCCUUUGUCAGGCCAUCUCCCACUAAUGGCUGGCUAGGAGGUGUUACACGCGCCACCGGCGAGGCCACACUGUUCUGUGAACUAGCAGGCUAUGACGUCAUUUUUGUGGAGACAGUUGGCGUUGGUCAGAGCGAAGCGGCAGUCAGUCACGUGACUGACUGCUGCACAAUGGUGUUAUCACCGAACGCAGGAGAUGAGUUACAAGCUUUGAAAAGAGGAGUGAUGGAGCUGUGUGACUUUUUCUUGGUAAAUAAGUGUGACGGGGAUUUGGUGCCCGGUGCGAACAGGCUGAAGAGUGACCUGCUCAGUGCUUCGAAGUUCAUGGCUAAAAGACGUGGACACUGGAGCCCAGUAGUUAAAUGCGUAUCCGCUCACACUGGUCUGAACGUAUCCGAAUACUUGGACGAACUUUUGGAAUUCCAUAGAAAUGAAAAAGAUUCCGGGAGGCUUGACCAGCUGAGAAAAAUGCAGAAAGUGGAAGCGUUACGGCAGAUUUUGAAGGAGAAUAUUCUAGAAAAUUUUAGAAACGCAUCUGCAGAAGUUUGUUCACAAGUUGAAUCUAAAAUUUUGGACGGAAGCUUAUCAGUUUCGGGUGCUUCUCAGAUUGUUUUAGAUGAUUAUUAUUCAAAAAUUCAUAAAAAUUAGCGACCAGGAAUGAUGAUUAAGUAAAAGUCCUACUAUAGACUACCGUAUGCAAGAUGUACUGAUUAUAACCAAGAAAAGAUAGCAUGACGAUAUUGUAAUGGCGAUAAAGUAACGGUGUACCGUGCUACCUUUCUAAUUGUGUGAAGCAAAACUUCUGUAAACUGUGAGGUUCUUAGCCAAAUUAUACGAUAAUUGCACCUGUUUUUAAAAACUGAUUGUUAUUGAAAGUUGUUAUUGAUUGUUAUUGAAUUGUUGUUGGUCCAAGCAGAUAAAAUUUGACGGAAGUUUGAC